AACGCACCAGUUGUUCACCGUUCGGAAGACGAGAGGAAGAGGCCCGGGAAAAGUUACCAUCCUGCUAUGCUGAGAGAUGCCAGGGACGGGUCAGACUAGUCCCUGUUUGUGGACGCCGCUCCCUCAGAGCCGCCUGUGUCCGGGUGACCGCUGCAAACACGCCUGCUGCAGCUAUAACGGGGACGUCUACGUCCUGGGAGGAAGGGACAGCAGCUGCCUGGGAGACUUCUGGAAGUACAGUGUUGUGCUUGAUGAAUGGACCCGACUCAACUGCACUGGUGAAGCUGCACCAGAAGAGCUGGAGCAGCAUUCUAUGGUGGCUCAUAAGGGUUUCCUCUAUGUGUUUGGAGGCAUGUUGGAUUCUGCAUACACUUGGAGGAAGUGCCCCCUCUGGGUGUUUGAGACCAAGCCAAAGGCCGAGCAAUCGGAAAGGACACAGCGCCGUGGUGCUGGGAUCGGCCAUGCUGGUCUACGGAGGAUUCAUGGACCUUAAAGGAACCUCGCAGGAGUUUUGGAGUUUAAAUCUCAAUUCCAUGACUUGGACUCGGCUUACUGGUUCUGAGCGGGGAUCAUCAGGUCCUGGACCCAGACACAGUCACUCCGCCGUGGCCUACAGGGACUCCAUGUUCCUGUUUGGAGGACUGAAAGGUCUGCGGGAGCAGAGAGACUUCUGGAAAUGGGAUUCCACCAACCACACCUGGACCUCCCUCAGGCAGGGCCCCCCUCGGCUGAUGGGCCACGCGGCUGUGACCUACAGGGACAGUAUGCUGCUUUUCGGAGGCGGUGAGAGCCAGAAAUCACCAAACAACAGCCUGUGGAGGUACAGCUUCCCCUCUCAGAGCUGGAGCCAGGUGGCAUCCCUCCCACACAGCGACGCCCCACAGAGGAUUCACCACUGCUGCACCGGACUGGGUCGCAGCUACGAGUCCGAUGGCGUCCAGGCCGCUCUGUCGUCACAGCAGGAUGCUAAACCGCGACAUUUUAAAAAUAAAUGCUUCCCCGUUUCCCAAUCAGACAUAGAAAUGAAGACAUUCAGCAAAGGUCUUUGUUCUUCAGAGACCAUCUUUGACACAGAGAAGAACUGUCUGACGUUUGAGAACAGAGCUUUUAAGAAGCAGUGGAGCUGCUCAGACGACCAGGACAUUUCCAAGAAUCUGCCUGACAUGCUGCUGGUGCUGGGAGGAAAACCGUUCAGCAUAAAGAGUCCCAUCUCCAUCUGGAGUAUGACCCUGACUGACUCUUAACAGACGGUUGACUUGAAGGUUUACUUACAACCAGUGUUGCCCCCCCGCCCGAUGAUACAACUUGUACAUAAGA